AUGUUGAUAAAUGUUAUUUCACCAUAUGUUAUUGAAUUAAUUUUUGAUUCAAAUGGAAAUCAUGUUAUUCAAGAGUGUUUAAAAACAUUUGGAAAAAGUGAUAAUGGGUUUAUUUUCGAUGCGAUUGUGAGUGAUGGUAAUUUAGUAAAAGUAGCAACCCAUAAACAUGGAUGUUGUGUUGUUCAACGAUGUAUUGAUUAUGGAAAUAGACAACAAUUAAUUACUUUAAUAGAUGAAAUUGUAAAAAAUUCAUUAGUUUUAGUUAAAGAUGCAUUUGGAAAUUAUGUUGUACAAUAUAUAUUAAACGUAGAUAUUGUAGGAGUUAUUAUUGAUGUAACAAAAAUGCUUCUUGAUGAUUUAAUUGAUUUAUCAAUGCAAAAGUUUUCAUCAAAUGUAAUUGAAAAAUUAGUACGUUCAGAUGAAAUUGAAGCAAGACAAAUGAUAUUUGAUAGAUUUUUACAAAUUAAAGAUGUAACUAAACUCUUACAAGACUCAUAUGCUAAUUAUGUGAUUCAAACAUGCUUAGACCAAAGUUCUGUUGAGUAUCAUUCAAAAUUAUCAAAUUGGAUUAUUCCUCAUUUGUCUGCUAUAAGAAAUACUCCAUAUUAUAAGAAAAUUCAAAACAAACUUCUUCGAGAUGAAAACAAACAACAUCAUAGUGUAAAUUAA